AUGUACCUAGUCACCACCCCAAAUCUCACCUCUGACUAUACAUAUCUUCUACUUUUUACCUCACUAAACCCCCCUCAUCGCACCUUCUCUUCACAAUCUCUGGCCUACGCUCCCUUCCCCCUCCCUAUGCACCACCCUCCCCCCUCUCACAUCCUUGCCUUCCCCCCUGCCAGCACCUCCCACACCGCAUCCCUUCCCCCUCUGUCAGCCCCUCCUUACAGCCACCUCCCUUCCCCCUCUGUCCUCACCACCCUUCCCACUAUGACAUUACCUCGCUUCCCCUCUCUAAGCACCUCUCUUCCCCAUCUCACAUCGUUGCAUUGCCCCAGCAAGCCCUUCCCCCCUCCGACACCGCACUUUUCCUCCAGGCCAGCACCUCCUUUCUGUCCUCUCAGCACCUCCCUUCCCCCUCUGUCCUCACAAUUCCGCUCUCCAACUAAACCAUCUCCACUAACCCUCACUAAGCACAACCCUUCCCGCCUCCCUUCACCCUCUCCCGCCUCCCUUCCCCCUCUCACAGCACCUCCUCACCCUUCCAAGGGUUCAUUUCCACCCGGCCCGGCCAGGCGCACCUUCCCCCCCCCCUUCUGUCCUCUCCUCCUUCCCCCUCUCAGCAGGUCUGAACCCUACGCAAGAAUGCUCCCCAUCCUUCCUGUCUCCCCAUCCCCCUCUCUCAGCACCGCCCUUCCCCCUCUCACAGCACCACCUUUCCCCUCUCACAGCACCACCUUUCCCCUCUCACAGCAACUCCCUUCCCCCCUCUUACUGCACCUCCUUUCCCCCUCUAAACGCACCUCCCUUCGCCCUCUCACAGCACCUCCCAUCCCCCUCAGUAAGCACAUCCCUUCCCCCUCUCACAGCACCUCCCUUCCCCCUCACACAGCAGCACCUCCCUUCCCCCUCACACAGCAGGUCCGAACCCUACUCUCACAGCAACUCCCUUCCCCCUCUCACAGCACCUCCCUUCCCCCUCUAAAAGCACCUCCUUUCUCGCUAAGGAAUGCACCUCCCUUCCCCCCUUCGCACCUCUCACCGCACCUUCUCCCCCCCUCUGUCCUUUCCACCUUCACCCUCUCAGCGCACCUUCUCCCCCCCUCUGUCCUCUCCUCCACCCUCUCAGCUCACCUUCUUUCCCCCUCUGUCCUCUCCUCCUUCCCCCACUCAGCGCACCUUCUCCCACCCUCUGUCCUCUCCUCCUUCACCCUCUCAGCCCACCUUCUCCCCCCCUCUGUCCUCUCCUCCUUCCCCCUCUCAGUGCACCUUCUCCCCCCCUCUGUCCUCUCCUCCUUCCCCCUCUUUGUGCACCUUCUCCCCCCCUCUAUCCUCUCCUCCUUCACCCUCUCAGCCCACCUUCUCCCCCCCUCUGUCCUCUCCUCCUUCCCCCUCUCAGUGCACCUUCUCCUCCCCUCUGUCCUCUCCUCCUUCCCCCUCUCAGCGCACCUUUUCCCCCCCUCUGUCCACCCCUCCUUCCCCCUCUCAGCGCACCUUCUCCCCCCCUCUAUCCUCCCUCCCUUCCCCCUCUCACAACACCUCCCUUCCCCCUCUCACAGCACCUCCCUUCCCCCUUCUCACAGCACCUCCCUCCCCCUUCUCACAGCACCUCCUUUCCCCCUCUCACAUCAUAUAUUUCCCCCCCGCCAGCACCUCCCUCCCUGA